UCCAUCAAGCCGGCGUACGCGCUCGCAGAAAAUGGCGCCGUAAAGUGAGUGGUGGCAGUGUGGCGUGUAGCUGCAGUAACAGAAAGUUUGGCAAAGCGGUAGUGGGGGGAUGUAACCUGCUUUACCAUAUCUAACCUCGUUAUUUAUUACCUCAUCCGUGCAUCCUGUUCACCGUCAGUCACGCAUUGUGAUAUGACGCAGUUUUCCCUUGUGGUUGUCUAAACGCUGACUUUCGAAACUUUAGUUGCAAACAUGUCGUAGGCUAAUUCUUGAAAGCCCGUCUACGGAACUACACCCAAACUCAGCAACGGGAAAGACAUCACAGGGAAGUAUAUAUUUGGUGGUUGCCCUCUGGAUUCUUCUACAGCGAUGUGUUACUAGCUGUAGCAAGCAGGAAUGGCCAUGCAGCUGGCCAACACCGGGGGGCCCAGCAUCCCCCUGGGUCGACUCAUCGACUUCAUCUUGCAGCGGACGUACCACGAGCUCACUGUGCUUGCUGAAUUGCUUCCCCGCAAGACUGAUGUUGAGAGAAAAAUGGAGAUAGUGCAAUUUGCCAGCACGACACGACAGCUGUUUGUGCGGCUCCUGGCACUUGUCAAGUGGGCAUCCAGUGCAGCCAAAGUAGAAAAAUGCGCAGCCAUCGUCGCAUUCCUAGACAAGCAGAACCUACUGUUUGUUGAGACAGCUGACAUCCUGGCCAUGAUGGCGAGAGAAACCCUCGUACAGGCCAGGUUGCCAAGCUUUCACAUACCAUGUGCCGUGGAAGUCCUCACUCUAGGGACCUACUCUCGCCUGCCAACAUGCAUACGAGACAAGAUUGUGCCUCCAGACCCUAUCACGCCUGCAGAGAGGAGGUCCACUUUGCACCGCCUGGACCAGAUAAUUCAGUAUCGACUGGUGUCAUCGGACCUGCCUUCGCAAAUGAGCUCACUACGAAUAGAGAACGGUCGCGUAAUAUUCCACGUGGAGCAUGAAUUUGAGGUCUCUCUGACCUUGAUGGGAGAUGGGCCACAUGUCCCGUGGCGUCUACUUGACAUCGAUGUACUGGUAGAGGACAAGGAUACCGGAGAUUGCCGUGCCCUGGUGCAUCCACUGCAAGUGCAAUACAUCCAUCAACUGAUCCAGUCUCGCCUCGUGGACAAUCCCAAACCCCUGCACGAGCUAUACAACUGUUUGCAUUCCUUUUGUCUCAGCUUACAGCUGGAAGUGAUACAUUCACAGUUGGUGAGAUUGUGCAGAGAGAGGCUCGGAGACUUCAUCCGCGUCCAGGAGUACACACCUGGGCACAACCUGGCGGUGCAGUACUGGAGGGAUCAAGCACUGAAGGAGAAACAAACAUAUCAGCUCAACAUCCACGUGGACACAUGGAAUCCUGGGAAACCUCUACGUGUGGCUCAUACGCCAAGCUUGGGUGCCAGGGAGGCCAAUUGGGCGGACCAGGCCAUAAAGUCUGAGUUCCUGUCCAUCGAGAAGCUCCUCAUCCAGACAAUCCACAUUCGCACUAAAGAGAAAUUGGCUCACAUCAGGGAUCGGUUGCAAACUACCAUUGGCAAUCAGACUCAUUGCAUCAUAUCUGGUUCCCCAGCCAUCCUGCAGGUUCCCCUCCUACAGCCCUGCAUGGAAUCUGAAAACCUUCUGAUCACAGUUGACACGCACACGGGAUAUUUUCUCGCAUUUGUACCUCAACACGAGCCGCCAAUGAUUGAUGACAUUCAAGACUGUCUCAACAAAGACGGUGCAAAACUGGAUUCGCUGCUGACGGACCUCAAGUUCUGGAUGACAGUGAAAAGAUGCGAGAAGACGGUGCAACACUUGCCAGUUGUGGCAAGUACCCACCUUCCCCUGGUGGUGCCUCAAGGACAUCCAGCAUUAAGACUUGGACCACACACUCUGUACAUCAAGCUCUGCAAGCACCACAACUGCUACGUGGUGGUGGAAUUGUCCCAAAGCUCGAGUGAGCCACAAGAAAUUGUACAGACCUAUUACCUGAUGACAGUUGAGCCUCAACCACUCCCAGAAGGGGACCCGGCUACACUAGGGAGAGACGAUGCACCUCUUGACACAGAGCUGCCCAAGGCGUUCCUGCGGGUGGCCAAUUUCCUGCAGCUGGAUACCUUCGCUAUUGUACAUGGGCCCUGCACAAAGAUUGAUGCAUCCUUAUUGACAGGAAGUGGAAAGAGAAAGCUCCUGCCUGCAAAUCAUGUCCAGUCCAAGAGGCCACGCUUUACGGGCUACUUCAUGAGCGAAUUGGCGCACGUUGUCGCUUUCUGCGAUGACAGGAUUCCUUUCUGCACCCUCACUGUGGAGCUCAACAAGCGAGACAUCUGCCACCAGGGUAUGCAGAUCGAAGCCAAUGGAACAAACUUCUUGGUCAAGAUUGUUCAAAUGGGCUCGGGUGAAGGUUGGAUGAAAGACACAGCUGCAGCCCUCCAGGCAUCCACUCUGAGCUGCAGUCUACGGCUGCAGGUGAAGGGUAUCAAAGCGUGGCUGGCAGAGUUUGUCUUCUGCAACUGUCCACUGACGAGCCUGUCACCUAAGGAGAGGGGUCCAAGAAGACCCGUAUGCUUCAUGUACGACUUUGCAGCAGGCACCUCGGCGCAGGUGGCAUCCGUGGUGGAAGAGAUGUUACAGGACUGGAACACGAUUGGGCACCUGUAUGGUGUGGUGCUGCGCUUUGCUCAGGCAAUCAACCUGGACCAGCAAAACACGUUAAUGUCUAUAGUGGACAUCAAAUCUUUCACGUACAAGAAACUGGUCUUGGGCUACGGAUUGAACAAAGCAAGCACAGUGACCAUAUACUGGAGGCCGUCGGAGAAGCGUUUCCACCUGGCAUUUGGUGUGGUGGGCCACACGGCAUCCGCUAGCAAUCCGCACACUGUUGUUUCUGCGCAACUUCAACACGAGUUCAAUCAGCACCGUUCCGUAGCCACCCUGGUCGAGGUACUGAGGGACACCUAUGCACCAUUACUGUCACUCACCAAACUCCCUUCUGCACCACAGCUCGGGGUCAUCAACAGUCGGCCUCAAGUGCCUGUACAGACAUUUGUUAUCAUACCUCAGUCGUCGAUGCACAUUCGUCUGGCCUACAGAAAUACCUACGUGUUGGACAUCCACUGUCGCCCAGAAGGCCUCAUAGCCGUACGUGAUGGAGCCUACAGCAAGUUCGAUAAGACCAAGGCUGUAGAAGAUUUCACUCCCAUUCAGGGUCUAAGGGCUUUCCUCAGCAAAUUUGUGGACGAGAGUGCCUGUCAGCUCAGGCGACGCUCGCAGUCUGAAGAUGACAAUCCUCCAUCACCCAUUCCGACAUUGGACUCGAUGGAAUCCUUCCUGAGCUCCGGUUCGGCUCUGAAGCCCUCUUCUCCGGCGCAGCGACCGCAGGACCCUGCAGGUGCCGGGGGACUGCGUUUUCAUCAUCCGAUGACUCCGCCGUCUAACCCGCACACACCGGCGUCUCCGCACCCGUCUGUUUUAUCGCAGCAGAACUAUGUGGCCUCCCCAAACCCAUCGUUUGCAUCACUGGCCAGUCCCCCGUCGCUGGGAGGCACGGGAGGUUCGGGUCCCCACGUGAGCCCAUCACCCUCACAUGGCUUGCACGUGCAAGCCCAAUCUCCGGGCAACCUAUUUGGAGCCUCUUCACCCGUCAAUCCUCUGCACGCCCCUUCUCCAUCGUUCCUGCCUUCGCCUUCUUCGCAGGUGCCCAUGACGAGCCCUGUGCCGCAGGGCUUCAUGGGAUCUCAAGCCAGCCACCCGGAAGGGGGCUCUCCAUUUCCCACCCCUGCGGGCAGCAUGUCAAUGGCAUCUCCUGCCCCUGGCACAUGGCCUGGCAGCCCCUCUGUGCCCCGGCCUUCACCCCGCUUGGCUCCUUCCCCUCAUGGUGCUCCCAUGCAGAGUCCUCAGACAUCGUCUAUGGACCAUAAGCCACCUCAAGCUGUCCUGGGUCCCGGUGGUACGCGAGUGUUGCCACAGCGAUCGUGGGCAGCUGCCAUGCCCACCCUGCUGUCUCACAAGGGCCUGGACCUGUUAUGUUCCAGUGGGGGUGGCACACCCCCUCAGAGUCCUCCUUUGCCCCACUGCUCCCCGCUGGAGCGCUUCUUGGGCUCUGUCUUCAUGCGCAAGAGCCUACACCGUGUAGUACAAAACGAGGACAAUAUGACAAUGAUCCCAACACAAGAACCAGGAGUGAUCCAGUUCCGGACGGAGAGCCUGCAGUGCAAGGUGAGCCUCAACCCAGCCACCCUGCAGUCCCUGCACCUCAAGUUAAACCCGACAGAACAGUGGUCGCCAGAGGAACUUCAAGUUCUGGAACGCUACUUUGACACCAAGGUGGCAAGCUUCCCAUACAAACCAAACGCCUUCAUGUCUUUCACUCGUCUGAUGACAGCUCCCCUCAGCAUACUGAAAGACUUUGUGCAGCUCAUGAGGCUGGAACUUAUGCCAGAUCGUAACAUGAAGUGGAGUGUCCAACUGUGUCUAACGAUUCCUCCAGCUGCACCACCCAUUGCACCACCUGGCAUGAGCUCCAUCGUUAUGAUCAGAAACAAAGUGCUCUUUUUCCUGCAGUUGUCCCGCACAAGCAUUGGAGAGCCGGCGCAGAUAGCAGUGCCUGUCGUGUACGACACCACAGCCAACACCCUCCAGGUGGCUGACAAGCGUGUGGAUGCAUCUGUGGUGCAACCCAGCGCACCUGUGGCCAUCAUUGGCUCCAUGCUUCGGCGCUACACCGAAUAUGCACCUCCCACAGGGGAAUGCUGCAUAUUUCCUUCGAUUCGUGACAUCCUCAUCAACCUGACCAUUCCAUCACAGUGAGAUUGCAGAUGACAGUCAUGGAAGAUAGCAACCAAUUGUGUAUCAGCCUUUAUAAGCCUUUUAAUGUGGGAUUACAAGUGUUACUUUGCCACAUGCGUAAUAACUGUUCUCUCGAGUUUCUGAUUUGUUCACAAUCUUAUCUAUCGAGUUGUUGUCUGUUAUUUUCUGCUGCAUUUCCCACUGGGAAUUAACACAUUUUGUAUUAUUACUAUAGCUGUACAAAUCUCAUAUACAUUGUGGGCCAAGUUUGAAUUGUUUCUUUUAGUUUGGAAUCGACAGAAAGCCCAGUUUGAAUAUUUUGAAUAUCUCACUGUGGAAAAUUUUGUAACUUUGUGACCAUUACAAGAAUUGUGGCUCCUAAUGGGUGAGCCCUAAGCAUUUGGGUCAAAAUAAAAUAUUGUAAGAGAAAGAAACCUCUCUAAUAGA